AACAACAACCCAUAAAGCCGAUUACUACGUGCACAGCAUAAUUAUGCAUCUCAACGUGCGCAAACAAACAUAGAUCAAGACAGCCUCAUAUUCCUCGUCACCUUCCCCUCUCCGCUUCCCCCCCAUCCAAAGAAAAAAGCACUCCUCCUAUCUCGUUGUCGCAGUUUUUUGUUGCGUUAUUGAUGGUAUUAGCAGCGGUGGCAGACGACCGCCACCAUGGAAGUUGUUUCCCCGACGACGGCCCCACGGAAAGUCAUGGUGGUCGCAGAUCCCACCCGUGAAUCGGCUGCUGCGCUCCAAUACACCUUGUCGCAUGGGGUGGUUGAGCGCGACGAGCUGAUCCUCCUCCACGUUGAAAACCCUAGUUCGUGGAUGACCACACUCUCGACGCUGUUCAAGAGGCCGCUAUGUGGCCUCAGGAAUAGCCAAAUUGGCAGCAGCCGUAGGGCGUCCAUGGAUCAGAACGGAGGCAGCGAAGGAGGCGGAGGUGGGGGAUUGGAGGUGGAUUUUCUUGAUGAAAUGAAACAUUUGUGCGAGGCGGCACAGCCGAAUGUUCGGGUACAGACAGCAAGAGUAGAACUGGAAGGGGAUAAGGAUAAGGCUUCAGCUAUUCUCUCACAAUGCUCAUCGCAUGAGAUCGACGUGCUCAUCGUGGGGCAGCGCCGGAGUUUUUCCACAGCAAUAUUAGGAUGUAGGAGACGUGGCGGGUCGAUGAUAGGCACUAGAAUGACAGACCUGGCAGAGUAUUUGAUAGAGAACAGCAAGUGCACCUGUGUUGGGGUUCAAAAGAAGGGUCAAAAUGGAGGUUACCUUCUCAACACCAAGACAUACAGAAACUUCUGGCUAUUGGCAUGAUGACAACCCGCCUGUGCUUUCGCGUUCACAAAGUGUCUCUUGCUUCAACCAAAUGAUCACAUCCGAAGGCCUAAGAAGCCACAAUUCAAGCCUUACACCCCAGAUCUGCCUUGUGGCCCCUUGAGUUGAAAGUAAAUCAUUUCUUGGCAUUUCAGUGGAGCUCAGAAAUGUUAGAGCAAUCUCCGAACAACUUCCUUGUAGUAGUGAAAACUGUGUGAAACUGUGUAUUUCUCUACCUGAUUCCACCACCUCAUUACUUCUGUAAAUACCAGAGACAUGGCUGGCUCCUAGGGAACCAGUCUUUUAAAUAAAGAAAA